CAUACAUGAUUUCGAUUCUAGGAUCUUCCUUCUCUCUCUUUCUCUCUCUCUUUUUCAUCAUUCGCUUACCAUGGCGGCCGAUGAUCCCCUUCUCUGUAGCUUUACCGACCCAGAAUCCGUAGCUCCGGUCAUCGGAAAAAAAAGCAAACCCACAUCCUUGGACGACACCAUCGAGCAUUGCAUUGGCGAACUCCGAUGGACCCAAUUCUUUCAAUCCCUCCUCGUCUCUUGCGCCUGGAUCUUCGACGCUCAACAGUGUUUCAUCAGCAUAUUCACCGAUUCAGAUACAGCUGGAGAUCUUCAUCCAGUUAAGUCAAUCAUAUCAGAUUUCUCUCUCCAGAAUGCAAGCUCUCUCAUCACCGGCCUCCCUGCAUCGUCUUUUUUCAUUGGUUGUCUCGCCGGAGGUAUCCUCCUCACCACGCUUGCAGAUUCUUCAAUGGGUCGGAAAAACAUGCUUUUCAUUUCCUGUCUAUUCACUUCCCUUUCCGGACUUCUAACAAUAGUUUCAACCAACAUCUGGUGUUACUCAGUUUUAAGAUUUCUCUGUGGGUUUUUCCGCGGUACAAUAGGAACUUGCGCUCUUGUUCUAUCGACGGAGCUUGUCGGAAAACGGUGGAGAGGACAUGCGGGGAUUGUCGGAUUCUUAUGUUUCGCGAUUGGGUUUCUCACUUUACCAGCUAUUGCUUACUUAAACAGGGGAUCUUCGUGGAGAAUGCUUUAUAUAUGGACAUGUAUUCCUAAUCUUUUCUAUUGCUUGUUAAUUCAUUUCUUAGUUCAUGAAUCCCCAAGAUGGCUAUUCGUCCGGGGCAGGAAAGAUGAAUUCAUUUCAUCAAUGAAAAGCUUAGCUCCUGCAAGCUACGGUAUCACGUCCAGCUUCUUCUCAGCCGUCACAUUUGAAGAAGAACAACAACAAAAUGUCGAUGCUUUUUCUGCAAUGAAGAUAUUGUUCGCCAAGCCAUGGGCGUUGAAGCGGAUGCUUGCGGUUAUGUCGUCCGGAUUCGGGAUCGGAAUGCUUUAUUAUGGUAUGCCAUUAGGGAUUGGGAGUUUGGGGUUUAAUGUGUACUUGGGAGUGACAUUAGACGCAUUAUCGGAGCUGCCAUCUUUGUUGGUUGUGUUUUUCUUAAUAGAUAAGAUAAACAGGAAAAGUUUAAUGAUUGUUUUCACGUCUCUUGGUGGGCUGACCAGCAUUGGUUGCGUGGCUACUGAACUAAUCGCCGGAGAAAAUAACGACAAUAAACAUAUAUUCAAGAUGGUGAUGCAAUUGGUGUCGUUCUUCUCAGCGUGUACUGCGUUUGAUGUUUUGUUGAUUUACACGUUGGAACUGUUUCCGACGAGCGUUAGAAACUCUGCGGUGUCUCUGGUGAGACAGGCGCUGGUUUUUGGCGGCGUGUUUAGCCCGCUGUUGGUGGCGGUAGGGAGGAAGGACGGUGGAUUCGUUUCGUAUGUUGUGUUUGGUAUAUCGAUUGGGAUUUGUGGGUUAUUUACGAUGUGGCUGCCGGAGACGAGGGGUGAGGUGAUUUGCGAUACCAUGGAUGAGGAAGAAAGGAAAACUGCGUUCUGCGUUAGCUAUUGAUUAGUUACUGUUUUUUUUUAUGUUUAAUGUUUUGUUGUAUUUUUGUUUUUAACUGUAUCAACAUUGGAUCUAUGUUUGUUUCAAUUUA